AUGGAUAUUGGUGGUGUAACAAACGAUUCGGAAAUAGGAAGAGAAGCUUCUGUUCCGGUUGAUUUGAUAGCAGGUUAUGAUGCUGGUUGGCAAAAACGUGGCACAGGUCAUUCUUACAAUAGCUUGUCUGGUCAUGGCACUCUCAUAGGGCAUUAUUCUGGAAAAAUAAUAUCCUAUGCUGUUCAGUGUACAACCUGUCGUAAGUGUAGUCUUGGUCAGAAUAAUAAAGAACAUGAUUGCAGAAAAAACUACAAGGGCUCUGCAAAAGCUAUGGAACCUGAUAUGGCAGUUGAACUCAUUCAUAAAAAUGUUUUAUUUAAGCAAGAGAACGUAAGAAUAACUGUUCUAAUUGGAGACGAUGAUUCUAGUACAAUUGCUGCUGUACGUAGAGCAGCCUCCUACGAAAUUUACAAAUGGUCUGAUUAUAACCAUACCCACAAGUCAAUGACGAGUGCGCUAUAUACGUUAAAACUAUCUCCAAAACACAUUGAAUACUUUUCACACUGUUUCUCUCAUGCUGUCAAGCAAAAUAAAGGAGAUGCUGCAAAAAUUGAAAAAGCUUUGCGAAGCGUUGUUCCGCACGCUUUUGGAGAUCACACACUUUGUGGAGAUUGGUGCGCAGGAAAAAGUAAUCCUAACGUAAGUUAUGUGCACAAAAAUUUACCGAACGGAAAACCAAUACAAAACACAGACUUACGUGUCUCAUUAACUAAAAUAUUUUCUCGUUAUGCUGAUAACGCUAAGAAAAUUGCAAAUUGUGGUUCAACGCAGGGCAAUGAAUCUGUAAACCAUAUGAUCGCUAGUAAGAACCCUAAAUCAAGACAUUAUAGUGCCUCAGAUUCUUUGAGUUUUCGUGUAGCUGCAGCUAAAAAGCGAAGAUUGCAAUUAAAAAAACUGCGGAAAUCCAAAAAUUCUAUUAACUCUCGCAAAGAAGGUGUGACCUACGAAAGUGGAGUUUCUUUAGAUGAUGUGUCUGCAGUGUUACCGAAACUGAUCCCAGAAAUAAAGGAUUAUACACUUGAAUGUUUAAAUAAAUUCAAAGUAGUUAUUUUUUAUUUGGAAACAACAGGUUUGUCCAAAAAUGAUGAAAUCUGCCAGAUUGCAGCAUGUACUGAAGAAAAUUCAUUCAACGCAUACAUUAUUCCGUCUAAAAAUAUAUCUAAAAAAGCGUAUGAGAUAACGGGUUUACAACUAAUAGCUGGCGAUUUAUAUUAUGGCGAUGAAAAAGUAGAAGCGUUUCCAGUUAAAAUCGCUUGUACAAAUUUCUUAACAUAUCUUCAGAGUUUUAAAUGUCCAAUAAUUCUGCUUGCACACAAUGCUUUUAGCUUUGACAUGCCAAGGAUAAUAAAUCUUGUAGCAGAUUUAGGAUUGAUUAAAGAAUUUAAAUCCAUAGUGUGUGGCUGCUCAGAUUCGUUACACCCCAGGUAG